AUGUUGACCUAUAAAAAGAGAAACUCCACCUAUAAAAGGAGACAAACUGUUGCAAGACCUCCAGAGAUUACAAUUAAUUUUAAAAAGAGAAAAGAUAAAGAGGAAGAAAAUACAACAACAGCAGCAGCAUCAACAACCUCUACUAUAACAACAGCAACAGCCACAACAACAGAAACAAAUUCACCAAAUUUGGAAAUUUCUACAGAAAUUCAAAAUGAACAACCACAACAACAACCAAAACCACAUUUGCAGGAACAACAGGAACAACAAGAACAAAAUGUUGUUUCCAAGAAUAUUCCAUUGUCACCAACAUCGUUGUUAUUAGAGAAUAGUUCGAAUCUGUUAACCAAUAUCAAAAUCAAUAGUCCGUUGUCAUCACCGACUUCAUCGUCGUUGAUUGACUCCAAUGAAGUUCCAUUUGGUAAUUCAUUUGUAAAUAUUCAACAACAACAACAAAUGCAAACUCCACAGACAAAGCAACAACAACAACAACAACAACAACAACAACAAAUACAAACACCAAAACAACAACAAAAUGAACAAAUUAAUAUAACUACACCAAACAAAAAUAACAAGUCAAAUACUACUACACCAGCUAGUAAAUCAAAAGGAACUGCUUCGAAAUCAACACCAGCAACUACACCAGUUUCCACAACCAAAAAGAUUAAGACUGUUCACAACAAAACUCCACAAAUGAAACAACCAGAGCCUGAAGUCGUACAAUUACAACCAACUCCAGUUCCAGCACCAGAACCUGUGAAAAUACUUGUUGGUAAAGACACCAAAGAUAUCCUUGAGAUUCUCAAACCUAUUUUAGAUCAACAACUUAAACUUUCAUCCUCUACAUUGAAACCUUUUUUGAGAGAAUGUUGUAAGAAGUUCACCUCUGAGAUUACAAAGAAGCAUGUCAUUAAAGAGAACAGUCCACUGCAUGUUCAGCAAUAUCAGCAAUUGGUAUCACAGCAACAACAUCAGUAUCAACAACAACUGGCUGUCUUACAACAACAGAUUCACGAGCAACAGCAACUGGAACAGCAGAACCUUCUUCAACAACAAAUCAACGAAUCGAUGAAACACUACAAUCGCAACGUCAAGGUGAUCGAAGUAGAACGAAGAAUUGCAACAAUGUCAUCGUUGAUUGAUCGUUGGAAGAAAGAAGAACAACAAUGGACUUCGAUAUUAACAGAGUUUACUCAACUUAAUCUGCAUACAAACAAUAAUAAUAAUAAUAAUAAUAACAACAAUAGUAAUAGCAGUAAUAAUAGCAAUAUCAUUAAUAAUAAUAACUUCAAUGCAUCAAUAUUAAAGACACCUUCAAGAUCUACUCGUACUGCACCAACAUUGAAUUCAACUGCCAAGAAGAAACCACCUCCUCAAGUAAUGAUGACUCCAAUGCACAGUAAACCAACGAAUCUAACCUCUAGUUUCCUAUCAACACUUUCUACACCUGCACAUACAACAACUACGACAACAACAACAUCCUCCUCAUCUGAAGAUCAACAACAACAACAACAACAAAACAAUGUUCAACUGGUUGAAGAUCCAAAUAUAGCAUCAAUAAGAGAUUCUAUACUUUCAAUUACAAUGAGAUUGGACGAAGUGGUACCAAGACUAAAACAAGUUCAGCAUACAACACUUGAGAUUCAAAACUAUUGCAAUGAUUUAUCGUUGUAUUUCCACGAUCAGUUGUUCAUGAAGCAACACAAGAAUAUCAAUCAGACCAACAAGUUAAUUAUGAAUUUAAAAUCAAUGUCGAUAGCAAUCGAAAAAGAUCAACAACAAUCAGAUAACGAUAAUGAAUCAUCACAACAAAACAAUUAA